AUGUCUCCAGAAAUCAUGUUGUGGGCUGGUAGUUAUGAAGAAGCUGGUAAGAUAUUCGCAAGUGGGAAUAGUGAUGCAGACCAAAUUGCAACCGCUCACAAGAUAUUCCGCAAUAAUUCUGAAAACAAAAAUAACUUCACAUUGAUGCAUGCUUGGAAGAUGCUUAUUCAUGAUAACCCAAAGUGGAGGGUGAUGAUGAGAUGGGCUAUGUCAAAGACAGAUAGACAAGCAUACGAUGCCAAUCUACGAAUUUCUACUAAAGAGAGUGGAGGAAGUGGAAAGAGAACUAGACUUGAUGAUGAUGGUGACACCGUCUUGCCAAGUGGUGAGAGCUUCGUAUCUGGAGGUAUAUCUCGACCUGAUGGUGUAAAGAAAGCUAAGGCCGGAAGAAAAGGCAAAGGGGCAGAAUCAUCAGAGGCAGUUUCAUCUUUUGGAAGUCAUUUGCAAGCUAACACUGAAGUGAGGAAUAAUGAGCACCAACUAAAUUUAAAGAGAUUCGAGCGAGCAGGCGAGCAGCAGAAAAGACUAUAA